AAGAAACUCUGGAGCGACAGCCGGUCGGUCAGCUAGUCGGUCGACUACCGAGAGAGACACAGCUCAAGGGAAUCAAAGUUUCGCACCGUGCACCUCUUGCAGCUCUCGGGAGGCACGGCGCUGCGAAAUGUUCAGGAGAGGUCUCUCGUGCAUGCUCGCGUCAGCGCGACUCGGAGCGCGACCACUUCCUCCUUUGACUCGGGUACCACAUCGUUCCUUAAUGGAUUCAGGGGAGGUUGCCGCCGCCGCGGAGGCAGCUCGCGACUUCGCCGCAACGGGAACUCCUUCGAUUUUCGCUAAAAUUCUCGACGGAACCAUUCCUGCCGACAUUAUUCAUGACGAUGACAAGUGCAUAGCGUUCCGAGAUGUCAACCCUCAGGCACCGGUGCAUUUCCUGGUCAUUCCGAGAAAGCCAAUUCCCAUGCUGGAGAAAGCCGUAGCAAGCGACGGAAAUCUCCUCGGUCAUCUCAUCCUGGUGGCCAAACAGGUGGCAGAGUCCGAAGGACUCAAGGACGGCUACCGCGUGGUGGUGAACAACGGCGUCCAGGGAGCCCAGAGCGUUUACCAUUUACACAUCCACGUGCUGGGAGGACGGCAAAUGUCCUGGCCACCGGGUUAA